AGUCAAUGAUCACACCAAAAUAACUCCAUCCAUUUCUUCUCCUUUUCUAAUCCCCAAGGGCCCAGACCCCUUUCUUUCAACACCGUGCUGGAAAAGGGAGACACCAGCAUCAUUAAGCAGCACCCACCUCGGAGACCUCAAGUAAGACGAGUUUGAAAAGCUCCCCGCAGCAUCGCGCCAACUGACCCGUCCCCUUGACCCGUAGACACACGCCAUCAUGGCAGCCUGGCCACACGCCGCUAAAGCACCUCAGCAAGGAAGCAGAUGUCCUACAGCAACACAAAAGCUUGAACCUGUUGGCCUUCCACAAACAAUCACUGCUGAAAAGCUCCCAAGUCAGCAAGAGGCGGCAGCAACUCCACAAAUGAAGGCUCUGGAGAAGAGGGGGCAAACCCUGAAACACCUCCCUGGCAGACGGCAGCACUUACACAAGCUGCAGAUGCUGGACUUGAACCGCAGGCGCCGAGAGGCUGAGCUGAAGAGAAAUCUCCACAGGGAGGCAAAAAUCAAUAAACAAAAAAUCAAGGAAUUCAACCCAAAGAAAGUCCUUGGCAGUCUCCAGAGAAGCAACAGCUCUGAAAGCCAAGACCUCGUCCCUGCUGAGCACAAUCAGACUUUUAAUGGAGACUGUGCCCAUUACAGCAUGUCUGCAUGCUUCGUGGAGAAAACUGCUCUUUGGAGAAAGCCCACAUGCCACAUGUAAUUUCACUGAAAGGCCAAGAAAACAACCCCCAACACAGAGAAGGAGAAAUAACUGAAUUGAUUUUAAUGAGAAAGGAGAACUGCUAGUGGCUAAUGAGUCUGUGUCUGGAUUCUGCGUUUUUAAAAAAUGCCCCUGAGAACUUUUCUCAUAAACAUGGGAGUCAUCACGCGUGAUCUGGAAAUAUCGUGAGAGCUUUGCAUUUGAUGUUGAGGGUAUGCUGAAAAGGUCAAUGAUUUAAUGGGCUGGAACAAUUAAUCUGGCACUUAUCUAUACACCUGUCCUCUUAAUGAUUUGACAUAUCUCCCGUCUGUGUUCCCAUCUGUCAACAAUUAAGCUAUAAUUGGCGGAAAUGCAAUUUAUCUCAAAUAGAGUUGAUUAGUUUUCCAACAGUGAUGUUGUCAGUGCUUGGGAAGAAUGCUGCACACAGAGAAGAGUAUGUGGACCAGUCAGUCCAUAUCAUGUACUGCACAGAGAGGAGACUGUGAGCAUUAAUUUAUCAAAUUACAGUGCAUAAAAUGUGCUCUUACAGAGGCAAUAAAAACAGCAACCCUGCUUUCUACUUCUGGUGCUCAGAAUUGUUUGAUUAUGCUGCUUUCAAUUGUAUUAAUUCAUCAUAACCCGUAGAGAGGCAGAUGGCAACUCGUUCUCUUCUAAUGUUUUCUAACAUCCUUCCAGAGGCUGGAAAUGAAAAUGUUUUCUUUAUUACUAAAGGUGAAGCUUUGACUUUUCUACAAAUUAUGAAACAUAAAUGAUGGAAAAAAAAAAACCCAAUGCCUGUGCUGCAACUCGGCAAUGAAGAUUUUACAGAAAUGUUUGCCUUUGAACAGCUCCCAGUUUCAAAUGCUUAUUACUAUCUCAUCAUUUUAAGGGUGCAUCGUUAUAGUCAACUAUCUAGAGGAUGAAAUUUGCCACUCAGCGUAGCCUUCUACAACUGCAGUCUGUAGCACUGAUCACACACAGAUGUAAUGCAAUUCACAAGCAAUAGAAACCAGUGUCUCUCUUUCAGCUGAGCCCCUCUGCCUCAACCCCAAAAUCAAGAGUUUGCACCCACAGAGAGGCCAUAUUUGCAAGUUUAUAAAUCCCUCCAUCCAAUAGUUUUUUAGGAGGAGAGAUCGUUUAAGGGGUAGUCUUUGCAUUUCCUGAGAACCUCAUGUGCUGAAGUGCAGUUGUAACACGAGCAACGAGUACGCGUUCAUUUAGCAAAUAUCUUCUCUGGUCACAUCACAACUGGCUCAGAGAGAAAUGAUGCCAUACGGUAAUACAGAAAGUCAUUUUAAAAUCCGCUUUGUAAUUACCUGUUUUCCUAGUGCAAAUGACCAUCAAGUUAAAUCCAACACUUAUCAUCAGUGCCUGUGACCAAGAUACUUCAGGUGGUUCCUCUUUCACAUACAUGGGCUGGAACAGUGCUACAUCCCAUCUGGCAGGCACUGGUGCAGGAUGAAUUUUAAAGGAUAACGACUAGACCACAGGAGGAGGAAUUUUCUGGCGGUGCAGAACAACGCAUAGUCAGAGGAGCAAGAGUGGAGAGGGAAGAUUUCAGAGCGUGGAAGCAGAGUGGGAUUUGUCUGACCUAGUUCUAGCUUUAUAAAAGUUUUGAAGUUAAUACAAAGCAGUCAUCUGUUCUGUUUAUAGCUCAGAGUGUGACAGUGAAAGAAAAAGGAAGAGGCAUCUCCAAGGGAUGACAUUUUCCCCCUGUCUCAGGAUGGGAUGAAUGUCUUCUCUGGAGAGGAUACGCUAUCCGCACCAGCUGAAAAGGUGCUUCUCUGACUAGCUUACACCACACACCAGGCUUGGAGACAAGGUCAGACCAUCCCACCCUACAGGUUAAACGUGUCUCCAGAGGAGCCGUGGUGAGAAGGAGGAUGCUCAGCUUAGAUGUAGCACCUUCGGAAAAAUAACAUUGUCAUUUUUCACCAAAUCCCGAAGAACAGAGAUUUUAUUCAGUUUGUGACACGGCCACAAGUAUCAGCAAAUGGCAUAGCCCUGAAGUAAGGGUAGAUGUAGGUUGGUCGGAUUGCUGCCCUGAUGCACAAGGGCAUUUGAUCUUCCCAGUGAAAUGGUUGUAGGAUGUUUUAGCUGUUGUGUGCGCUACGGUCAGAGCAAUGCGAGUUCCUUCUCCUUUAGCUCAGGAUUAGCUGAACUAGUUUUGCUGAAGAGUUAAAACAAAAUGAUAAUGCUCAGUCUGAAGCAGACACCUGAGCUGGGCAAAGUCAGCACCAAUGGCUAAUGCUUGGCAAAGUUAUUAGCAAUUAAACCUGCAACUUAUAACUGGAAAUGUUGACGAACCUUACCUCUGUAUUCAAAAUAGCAGAACGUUGCUUCAGAGCAACGCCUGUGUUGCUACAACAGCUCUUCUACUGUUCCUGAGCUGAAAAAUGAUUUACUUACGCUUAUUCAAGAGAGGUGUUAAGUAAAUACAGUUGAACAAAGCUCAAAGCCACACAAAUUGGAUCUCAUCAAAUAGUCUGGAUUAAUGUGUUUAUCUCAUCUUCCCGGGCUCUGUCCCACCUGGUGCUCAGAAUAUUUGAACUCCCCAGGAACACAAGUUUUCAGCAUCAUGCAACAUCCUCCUGUUCCCCAAAACACACAUGCACAUCUGCGAAAGCAGAAAUACCAUCAUCAAAGGCACCAGGAUAUAGUCACUAACCUUAUUAAACCUUUUAUCGCCACUGACUCACUUGAAGGUGUGUGGCAGGCACCUGGGAUUGUUUCAAUCUGCUUACACAAAGCUGCAAGGGAAAAGAGCCCAGGAACAUCGACUUGAGCAGCUCCGUUUCAGCCUGAACAUGAAGAUUAAAGUAUUAUCAUCAGCUUGAAAAGUAUCAACCUUGGCAAGUUUUGGGUUGGCUAACUAGGUAACUUCGGAUCGUGUAGCAAUAGCACAGCCCUAAACCUGUCGGUUCCCAACGUUAGAAGCAGUGAUUAAACCAUCUCGGUCUCCAGCUUUCUUAAAAUAACUCCCAAGCAGGGCCAGACGACGGCGUGGAGGGCCAUAAAAUGAAUGGAGGGAGGCAGGAGCACACUGCCCAGUGUGCUGGGGCAGCUCUUGAGGAGUUUUUCUCCCCUUUCCCCAGCGGGGAUAUUGGGCAAGCAAAGCCAUUUGGGGUCUGUGGGCAAUUCCUGCUCCCAUUCCCAUGUUUCUCCCCCCACACACUUUUUCUCUUCCAGGCCUCUUCUCCUGCAGGACUAUGCAGCAUGAUCCCCUUUCUGGGAUGUCCCCUCCUUCCUAGCAGUGUUAGUGCAAGGAUCUCUGGCCUGGAGGGUACAUGACCCAUGAUAUCUCCUGUUCCUGCAGGAGCAGCAAAAUUGUUUAUUCCUUGGCUAGCACAAGGGUUGUAGGUUUUUGCCACCUACUGACAUGUUGUGGGAAUGUCUCAUCCUGCAAACUCCUGCAGGAAGGCUGAAUCGUGCACUGGCUCCAUGUGAUUUUGCAUGCAGCAUCCUCCGAGCAGCUUUCACAGGUGCCUCACGGGCAGGACUCCUCUGUCCCAGAGUGAGGGUGACAAUGAAAGAAAGCAGCUGGAGAAGUUGGUGCUUCCCUCCCCGCUCCAGCGAGCAGCGGAGCAGAGAGAGCACGGACUGGCCGCUCCAUCCAUUGAGGCCAAACCGGGGAGCUCUUUGAAAAGUAACCAAGGCCCUGGCUGUAUACUCACAACGCAGGUUUAGAGAACAAGCUGAUAAGCUGCCGUGUGUGUAAUGGGGCUCUCACAGCCAUCUCCAAUGAUAGCAGCAACCCCAUAAUACAGGAUACAUCCUUAACGGGGCAUAGGGAUGUUAGAAGCAUGCCUUUAACAUGUGCAAUAGAUACCCUUUAACAGCGGUCUGUGCACCUUGCUUGAGCGCUGCUUAAACAUCGUUUAAAUCCUGCUCUGAAGGCUGAAGUAAAGCAUGAACCUAAUAGUGCCAAAUCACUGCUCAGAGGGAAUCUCCACUUCCCCAAGGGAGCCAGGAGUGCAAAUUUGUGUCUCCUGCCAGAGGCUUGGAAUCAGGUAUCAUCUCUGCAGCAGCACUUUUGAUGGGGUUUUCCUCUUGUUAUGGGGUUUCAGUUAAGCUCAGCCGAGCCAGCUUCUCUCUGUGCUUAUCAAAUACACUCGCCUUCAGCUUCCCAAUGACUCAACCAAAAUACAAGUCUUUACAAAGUGUCCUCACUAUUAAGAGAAAUCUGUGCUGGUCCUGGGCAACCUUACAUCUGGGGACUCCUGCAGCUGCUCAGAGCUUCCCUCAUUUUGGUCCAUGCACGUUUCUCCUUCACUUCAGUCAGCAAUGGGGUUUGCUAACAUGCACCCUGAAGAACGGGAUAGAGCAAAAACCUUUAUGCACAGUUAGGUUGCUCAUCCACUUUUAAAUUUCCCUGUUAUUAGUAAGUCACUCUGAGACACAGGAGAUACUCGGGCUGGUAUCAGCUGGUAGUCCAGGCAGACUGGAAAUGACACAUUUAAUCAGAGCAGGUUUUAUGCAGAAUAUAUUUUUCUGGUAACAUCCAAAAUUACUUUAUUUAUUCAGUGCUCUGUUUAUAUGCCAGUUGGCAACUGUGUUUCAUUCCCAUUCUGUUUGGGACAAAGGACAGGAGAGAAAGAAUCGCUUUUACAGUUAAACCUUGCAGAAUACUGCUAUCGUUGAAUUUGCAGGGCCACAUGCCUGCCUCUUGCUAGUUGCCACUUGGUCCCAGUUACAACCACCACCCCAAAAAGAAUCAAAGUGCCUUGCAGGUUAUGCCCAUACUGCAGAAAAAGACCUGGAUUAAAAACCAGGCUGCCUUUCUAUUUAACACACCAAUCACCCCCUUCAGUUUAGACAAGCUGACCUAAAAAUACAGCCUUUUGCUACACAAAGGCUCCCUUGUGAGACUUAGUAGAGCAGAUUUUUUUUUUCUUACAGUGCUCCUCUGUCUUUAAGAAAGAUGCUCGCUAAACACAGUCUUCCAUCUCCUCUCAGUGCACAUAGACAAUAUGAGCAAACAGCCAGGGCCCAGCUUCACAACAGCCAAUAAAGGCUUGUUUGUGCACUAAGCUCCCCUUUGCUUACAUCGCUUUAUCCGAAGACCGUGAGCUCGCUUCUACUUCAGUAUGAAUGGAAUUGGUUUAAAAAAAAAAACAUGCUUAAAGCUUUUCUCCAUGUCAGAUAGAGAACUAGCAUGUGGUGCUGACGCAGCUCUAUAUGUUUUUCCCAGUCUGAAACUUAGACAGGUGGCUAUUUUUUGAGGAAAAUCUUUUGUAUGAAGGUCACUGCAAAAA